AUGCUUUUCAAGUUUGCCGCCGUUACCUUGUUCCUAGCAGGGCAAUGCCUUGCGUCUGCGAUCCACAAAAUCGACCAACAACAGACUCUCUUGGCCAACGGAGAUGUCGGCGCUCUGGGCUGUACCGAUGCUGGCCGCGAGAAUCCGAACUAUUCCAUGGCCAACGAGGAGACCGUCCCGUCCGAGGAGCCUGAGGCCGAAACUGUCGUGGAGCACUACGAGAUCACCGUUGAGAAGACCGUAGACAUGCAAGUUGAACACUCUAUUGAAGUUGAUGACGAGAAUAAAUGUGUCGUUGCCGGAUUUGCUCCCUUUUGCAAGGGUGAAUGUCCCAAUGGCUAUAAGGAAAAAGCCAGGGGUCGAUGCCUAGGACCAGGCCCCUGCUGUAUCAGCGGAUCAAAGGCACUGUGCUGCACCGAUUAG